AUGUACCGUAGACGAGGCCGACGAAGCGUAUAUCGUGGUUCGUACGCGUGGUACUACUUGUCCGGAUACCACAUCCGGGCAGGGCGGGCCGCGGGCAGGAAGUCAGGCCGUCAGUCAGUCAGUCAGUCAGGCCCGCGCGGGCGGGUGGGCCGCGGGCGCGGGCGAGGAGCGUCGGGGCGAGGCGAGGGGAGGGGAGGGGAGGCGCCUAUGAUUGUACGUAUAAAUAUGCAUUCAUUUGAACAGAGGAGCACAAAAUGGACUGACAGACAGACCGACUGGCCUCUUGGCAGAAGGUUCCGUGCGCCAGAGAUUCGUGCGCCAUGGGGUCCGGCACUCAGACAUCAGCGAGCAUCACAAGAGAAGGGUGUGCGGCGCAUAUGCAGACCCCUCACUUGCCUCCCUCCCUCCUUCCCUCCGUGCGUUUAUGUCGAGAGGAUGGACGUCUCGCUCUGCGCAAGAUGGACGGUUGGAGGAGGACUGAGCGUUCUUUUGUGAAGUGUGUGGAAUGGUCGGAGCGUAAUGUUGGCUAAAGCAAAAGAAAACGGACCCAAAAGAGCGGCGUGGAGCGUCGUAGAUUGUGUUUUUUUAUCAAUUGGAGAUCCAGUGCGUUUGCAUAAGGAGCUGUAAGAUCGUACGCAUUACGUACGUCCGGGAACUCUUAUGUUUCACUUAGGAGACCACUACUAUCUACGACAUAUAUAUAUUUCCUUCCUGCCUUGAGCUUUCACGUAGAAAUCAUCUCCGUGAUGGACACAAUGCUGCACGUCGGAUGAAGACUCUCACACAUAGUCUUCAACUUCAAGACUUCUGAGACAUAGUACCUGCACCGCCAUAUAUAGUACCGUGAUACUAUGUGACACAUGCAAUACUCUGGAACUUUUAGCAAGACGAUCUGAAUUAUGGACGAGUGUGCAGGUUCUGCACACACGAUUGUAUGUAUAACUCGUCACUUUCUCUAAAGUCGAGUCAAGUCCUCGCAUCAAAUUUUCUUACUAAUCCCAUAAAUCUUGGCGGUUUAUCGUUCGUUUCAAGUUUAAAUAUUUUCCACUGACGCUCGUUGGUUUGAAGACCUGGUUGCUAGAAUAGGACAUAGAUUUAGCAAAACAAGUUUCAGCUUUCUUGUAUACAGUCUGUGGAACAAGUAUAUUGCCGAUACGCAAUCUCUUAGUUUUCUCCAUCUUUGCAAUAGCUAACGUUGCAACCGAAGGUAAGUUAGCAUCUGCAGAAAGCAGACUACUGGACGUCGCUGCGUUUGCAUUGAACGGUGCUGUGGUAAUCGAAUGAGGCGUCAAGGCCGUGAAGCUCGUGCUGAUCGCAUUAUUUGAAGUUGGGUAAAUUUCCUUCUAUAUUAAAUUGCGAAGUGCGUGACUUCGAGACUCGACUUAAGUAACUUAGGCUUGGAUUUCCUUUCGUUUAAUACAUUUUUGAUUGAUAUUAGCCUCAAUCUGUUCUCGGUUCUGAUCAACACGUUGGAUCGGGUACUCUUUAUUUCCAUGCUUGACAUGCGGUUUGGUUCUGAUUUCGGCUAUUCACUGACAUGUACUUUUAACAAAAGUCAACGUCAGCAUGUUUCUCUUAUGUACACAAGCCGCCUUGUAAUGUCAAACUUUCUUGAUUCUGAACUCAAUUAGUGAGAGAUGAUCAGGUGGGGAGUGGUUAUCAGAAACCUUAUUCCAUUUUCGUGGAUCCAAGAAGUGAUGAAAGUGAUUAUGCGUAUCGAUGGAAUUCACCUAUUUGGACGGUAAAAAAAGAAGAGAGAUAUUGGACGAAACUGCUCUGAAACCUUAUCAGUUGUUACAUGAGCGGAGCAUGAUUCACGAAAACGGAGCAAGGGUCCUGAUAAAUAUUCUUCACCUGAUCGUCUUUCACUGGCUGAAGGUCAGCGUGAAGUGAGUUACGGAUAGAAUGUGAGUCUACGAAGCUAACACAAAGUGAGAAUGCAUCUGACAUAGAGCUUUUGCAGAGAGGCUGAAAAGCGGGAAUGACUUGUCAUCCUUCUUCAAGAAAGGUAUAUCUCAGACCCUACAGAUUCGUGAGAGAUGAUCAGGUGGGGAGAGAUUAUCAGAAUUCUUAUUCCAUUUUCGUGGAUCCGAAACCAUCGAAGAAGUAUGAAGGUCAGCAAGCUUCUUAUCACACAACCCCAAGAACGUGGAGAACAUGCAAAGCGUUCUGACUGCUGUUAUCUUCGAGCAAAUCCUGCAUACAUGACCCCGAAAACGGAGAAAGGAAUCUGAUAAGUUUUCUUCACCUGAUCGUCUUUCAUCACACUCAGUGUGAAUGUGUGAUGUAGCCCUGUACUUGGUUCAAUGUCUACUAGGCCUUUAAUGUCCCCGCAUCUGCGGCCGGAAGAUAUGAAUCUCCUCUUCAGAUUGUUAGAGCGAACCGAAUGUUUGUAGGCCGAACUGUGAGCAGCAUAUUUGUGAUCCAUAAUCUCGAAAACAGUGUAUCUAUCACAUUGUGGUAGAUAAAACUGUCCAACGGUAAGUUGUGAAUUAGAUGAUCACGUAACCGUCAACGCAGGUUCUUAUGCUCUUUUCGACGUAUUAUUUCAUUCAUGACGCUUUCAUCGGGCUUACUGGGUUAUCACCAGUUCCGAUAAAAAUGAUAUCAGCAUGUUCUACAGUAGUGUGGCUUCAAUGAUUAAAUUCUCACAUAUACAGGCAGCUAGCGUGUAGAUAUCAACCAGCACGCGAAUUUGGACGGAGUACUUGGAGACUCAGACAUUUUUGGGGUUGUGCAAUCAUUUCAAAUUAUGCCUUCAGGUUAUGAACCUGAAACUAUUAUUUCACAUGCGGACUCGAUCUCAUUUUUCUUCACCCUCCACCAAGUUGCUACAGUGAUAUUCAUGUUAUGUUCACGUGCCAAUAGUCCGGAUUCAAUCACUUUGAGAAUCAGAAUACUUUCACAUCUGAAUCCAAUCUGGAUGCAUGAGGAGAUAGUGUUCUGACAACGAAUGUAUUUAC